AACACAACUGCCUCGCCGAAGGAAGGAGGCGGUGCCUAUGUUUAGACGGUCUGGAGCUGAAACCUAAUAAGUGAAUCGCAGAGGACAGCCUGCUGGACUGUGCUUGGGGUCAGUGAUGGCGUCUUCGUAAAGUCUGCGCUAGGACGCACCUUGGUGAAAUUUUACAAAGCUUGCCCUGAUCGUAGACAAUAUGCCUUCUUUGAAGACAGUGAGGUUAGACAGACAAGGACUGACUGAAAUCAGUCCCCUGGAGAACCCCGGAAACGUGCACAGCCUUUACCUACAGCAGAAUGAGAUAGAGAAAAUUGAAAAUCUACAUUCCUUGUCCAGUCUAAGGUUCCUGACUCUAGCUGGGAACAAGAUAAAACAAAUUGAAAACCUCCGAGCUCUGAGUUCCUUGCAGUUUCUGGAUUUGUCCGACAACCUCAUCGUGCAGCUUGAUCUGGAUGAGCUGCCUAAAAACCUGAUCAUAUUAAACCUCACCGGCAAUCCAUGCACAGCUGAAAAACAAUACAGGACACGUUUAGCUGAUGCUUUGCCACAUCUCAGGGAUCUGGACAACCAGUCAGUGUUGUCCAAAAAGGACUCAAAGAUGGACUGCAGCGAAGAUGGAGGGGAAGAGGCAACCAGCUCAGAGGAUGAGGAUGACUAUUACACGCAUGAAGCCUGGUCGACAGACAGAGUGCAAGAUAUGUUUAAGACAUUCCGGGAAGAACUGCUCCACCAGUCCGAGCAAAGAAUACGCUAUGCCACUAACGAACACGAAUCCAGGAUGGAGGAGAUCGAGAUGAUGGAUGGAUCUGCACCUUCAACAAGACGGCUUAUCCAGGAACAGACUGCUUCUGUAAAUGAACGCAAAUUACAGGGGCCUAAAGAAGCACCCGGGAGUCACCCGGUGGACAGUAACAUGAAUGCAAGAGAGACUUCUGGAAAGCUUCAAAGGAGUAAAGCUAACUCCACAGGAAUGAAACCGGCCCAGGAUGUCACCAGGAAGUUGCCGGCUAUCAGUGAUGAUCGCCAUAAAAAGAACUCAUUGGGCAUGAGUAGAUCGGUCAAAACAAUUCACUCCCCCCAGUGUACUUGCUCAGCUCCAAAACCAGGGAGCGCCGGAAAAAAAAAGGCAGCCAACACACCCAUAAAAUCUGCAAAUGACAUGAAGAGGGCAGUUAAAAUAUCUUCCUUAAGUGGAAAGGCCUCCUCAAGGAUUCAAAGUGCUGAAAGUGCUCCGUUGGCAGUCGAUGGCCCGGAGAAAAACGCACGUACAGCGGCCGGCAAAGACAGGACGGCUCCCUCUGUCAAUCCCGGGGGAUUUGCUGCCCUCCAAGGAAACUGACCACCAGCCUAAACAUGGCCUGUGUCCUGGCAUCCAUUUCCUCUUGUGAAGGUUUAACUGGUGUGGAUUGCAUUUGCCAUUCUUUCACUGUUGUUGCAAAAUUAAGGAAUGACUUUUUUGUGCUACCUUCGAUAUCAUUCUUACUGGAAUAAAAGUUCCCUUCUUUAUCAAUGGAGCACUGGCUUGAGUGGCAGCAGUUCAUAUCAGUGCUUGAUGUGGAACUGAAUUAAUGGCGGUACUCUUUUUAUAGCGAUACAGUGACAUUUGAUUAACGACUUGGGGGGGGGUCCCCUUUUGUUGUCACAGAGGUUCUGAUGCUCAACAGUAUGCUAAAAAAGGGUGCUGAUACGCUGAAACAUCAAUCAUGGCAAAGCCGUGAAGGUUGAUCAAAGAGCCCUUUAGGGUCCCCUUGAAGAUUCAUGAAGAGUGUCACGAUAACGAGACAUGAACAGAUAAAGGUUUGGGGCAGCCACCCGUGUAAUAUGGUAUCCCGGCUGCAAAAGUC